UGUAGAUGUCACGACUGCGCUCGACCAAUCGCAACGUCGGUAGCGACCCCCCCUUCCCGUCCUCGCGUCUGAUUGGCUGGUGGUGGGGGUGGUGAUGUCAGAGCCGUUGGCGCUACGUUUUGAAUUUGCGGGAGGCCAGGAUCGUCUCAGCUUGUCGCCGGUCUUAAAGUUAAACAGAGUUUUAUUCUACAAUUAUAAUCUCUCUUUCUAUAACAAUACACACAUAUAUAGUGGAACGUCGUGGUAAUGAGACCUGUAGCACCCGCCCGCCCGCUGUGAGAGCCGCGAUCGGUCCGUGCCGCGGGCGCUAAUUGAGCCACGCUUAAGACUCUGUGAAGCAAAUCAAUCUUGCUGUUGACGCCGCGGCCGUCCUUCUCAUCCCUUGGAGUGGUUCCACCCAUCCCUGCCUGAGCCAUGGGUCUGCACGAGAGCAAAGACGGAGCCGCCGCUGCUGUGCCCGAGACACCCAUCGCCAUGCCCGCCAUGCGCCGUCUGCGCCAGCUGGCGGACCCACGCUCCCCGUCGUGCGGUAUCGAGCGCACACCCAUCGAGGUGGGGAGCAACUCGGAGGAGAAGAGACGCCCCGAGAGACUCUCUGUGGGAGACACGGGAGAGGAGGAGGAGGAUUAUGAGGAGGAGGAGGAGGAGGAGGUGGUGGCGGCACCCAAGGAGGAGGGGCGGGUGGUGGCGAUCAAUGACCCGCGCUCUCCCUCGCAGCAGUUUGACAGAACGCCGCUACGCCUGGAGCCUGAAAAGCACACACAACAUGCAGCGAGUGCCCUGGCCAUGCAGCUGGACCUCGUCUUCCUCGGUCUGAACACAUCCGAUUCGGCCCCAGAGCACGAACUCCAGUGCACGUCGCUGCUUACCCUGCCACACCCAGAGAGCGAUACACCCAGGAAGGCUGACGACAGACUGGAGGAGGUGGCUCUGCGCGCCUCCACUGCCGCCCCGCCGGUGGUGCCGUCCAUGAGGGAGCAGGAACCGCUGGACCCCCCGGCUGCUCCCCAAGCUCCCCCACCAAGCCCCAGUGACGAAACGCCGCCCGUCCCAGCGCAGUGCUCUCCGCUGUGCGAGGCCGCUAUCAACGUUCUACCGGAGUUGCCUAUUUAUUGUGGGAGCCCACUUAAGGCCGUGUCCCCGUCGCGCCCGGUGCUGAAGCAGCGCGUGGGCCCCCGGGUCCUUGGGGUCCACUCGUCGGUGACCCCGCGCUCGCCCCUCACCCUCGUGACCCCGCGCCCGCCUCUCUACCUCGUCUCCCUGUGUGACCGCAACUCUCCCGGCAAGCCCCAGCGUCCGGCCGUCACGGGUCGCAAGGGAGGCUCCGGUGAGGCGCUGCACGUUGCCGCUCGCGCCGGGCGCAAGCACGAGAGGGUGAUGGGCGGUGACAAGGAGAACAGCACCGUCCGAGUUCUGGAUGACUGAAGAUGCCGCCGCCACUGCAACGCCGUCUCAGCAGAUUCUCAGCAAACAGCAGCCACUGCCAUUGCCUUGGGUCGACGGGGAGUUUGCCAAACACCCUCGAGCAGAACCCUCUUGGAAAGUCGCGAGACUCGGCUAUGAAAUUUCCUCAAAGACUUAGUGACGGAUUCACCCUCUGCGCUUGGAUGAAUCGCCGCAAUUCUGUUUGAGCAUCGACUAUUUCGUCCUCGUGUAACAUCGCCAUCUGUACCGUCUCGUGCGUUCUCUGUCUCAUUCAAAUCUGUACUUUCACUUGCUCCCGCUAGGUACUUUGCCGUCAUUCCGUUGCAUCUCGUCACUGCCAGACUUGUUCCGUUGUCGUCCUGUCCCAUCCGCACAAACUUCAAUUUCUUCCACCUCAUUUAUGUUGCCACGUGUGUGCCAUUUCGUUUGCUCGGUGAAGUUGCUUCACUGUGCAUGUCGAAGAUCCCCUGACGUCGUUGGCAAGAGCAGGCCAUUGCGUGUGCACAUCAGGGGUCCAUAAUUUGCCAACUUCCGAGAACUUCUACGUGCAAUUACUCCAGUGGGAUUUUGCGCUCAGUACUGGCAGGACUAAUGCCCGCCGGUGGCAAGUCGCCUUGCGUGCACAGGGAUGAGAUGCAGCAGAAAGCGCGCCGAGACGCCCCGGCAUAUAGGCUGCUCUGUCGAUCACGCCACCGUCAUCAUCAGUUCUGUCCCGAGUUCCGCCUGGUUUCCUCCAGCUCAUGUGGACGGUCUCGUUCCGCCGCGUUUGUUCUCGCGGUGUUGGCCAUUCCUGUUUCACCCAUUCUCACCUUGGGCCCAAUUCCUUUUGGACAGUGGGUUAAGGCCAAAAGCAACGUUUGCAUAAAGUGUUUGUGCAAAUCUAAAGCAAUCCCCGACGUGAUUUUAAUUGCCUGCGUUGAUUGGUGGGGUAGUUCCCAUGCCGCGUUUAUUAAAAAGUUACACUACGGUCCGGCUCCAGGUUCCUUGUUACUUACCAAAUGCACUGCCAGCGCUUUCAAACCUCUAUGGCAAGUGUGGUGACGUUUGAAAACAUGUGGCACGAUAUCGGUUUAAAAGUUCGAUCAGCUUGACUGACGCGGUCUUGACAAGAUAUGCUGUAACAAUUGCGACGUUGAGGGGGGGCGGAGCGUGGUGAAGCGUGAAGAGGUACGUUGAUGCAAGGGCCCCCACUGGCCACGAGCUAACGUGCGCUCUCAAACUCGCCCUGUAUAUUGCAGACCUGAUAAUCACGUGUUCAUCCUGAGCUCUGCAAGCUUCUCGUUCCCUUCCUCGUGUAUAGUUUUCAAGUCACGGCUCGCAAGGUUUUGCACAUUUUUCUUGCCAUUAAAAGUGAUUUUAGCCACGA